CAGUUUGAUUUCAACUCUCAGACAGGACGAAGCGCCUGGGACAGGAUAAAGCAAGAGAAAUAAAUAAAAAGCCACGCUACUUAGUUAUAGUAAACUAAUAGUAGUACAACUACUACUACAGUAGUAGACGCUUUUCAAUCGAGUCCAAAAUAAGGACAAUGGCGGGCGGGGCAAAGAGAGCAUGGGAAGGAGGAGUGCAAGGACCACGAGGCUGUUUCAUUAAAAUUGGGAUACAGACAAAACGCGGUCCGCAGGAUACCGGAUACGUCUGUAUGCGAGUUUGUGCCGCAUCCAUUCACGACAAAGAAAAGAGACGGCAGACAUUUUUCAGUGGUGACUUUCUCGACAAAAUUCUACAAAAGGACAAAACGGUUCGGUUCUUUUUCGGUUUCUCGGUUUUCGGUUUCGGGGUAGUUCCUCAAUCUCUCUAAAGAAGAACAAGAUAAUGAACCUUAAGAAUAAGAAGCCGUCAAAAAGCAGCUUCGCAAAUAUGGCGCGCUCUUUCGCUCUUAAUCGACAAAAAUGAUAAGGAGAACCACAGAAACGUGCAAGGCGGCUGCGCAGAACGAAAGACUCGCGAAUGAUGAGCCGAAAGGACGCACAACCGAAAAGGCGAACGAACGAACCAUGACCAUGCCAAAGGAUGAAAUAUUAACGGCGUCACUGCGAAGAGGCCUUUAAAAAUAUGCAUGAAGUGGCAAAAGCUAAGCGACAAUUUGGCGGCAGAUGACAAGGACAACGCCACGCACAUGGCGGCAAGACUACAACAAGGAUUCAGGAUACGGCUAACCGGAUAUUAAACUAUCAACACUAGCAAACACAGCAGAACAGAAACUGAGGCAUAACCAUUAGCGUUGUGAUAGAGAAAAACCGGACAUCAUGGCGGCAACGGAGGCGGGAACAGGUCCUGCAGCCACGAGGGAGUUCGUCGAGGGAUGGACUUUGGCCCAAACUUUGGGCGAAGGUGCCUACGGCGAGGUGAAGUUGCUAAUCAACCGGCAGACUGGCGAGGCUGUGGCCAUGAAAAUGGUGGACCUGAAGAAGCAUCCGGAUGCGGCAAUCUCGGUGCGCAAGGAGGUUUGCAUACAGAAGAUGCUCCAGGAUACGCACAUCUUGCGAUUUUUCGGCAAGCGCUCGCAAGGCACCGUUGAAUACAUUUUCCUGGAAUACGCCGCCGGCGGAGAGCUGUUCGAUCGAAUUGAACCCGAUGUGGGAAUGCCGCAGCAUGAAGCCCAGAGAUAUUUCACUCAACUCCUGUCCGGACUGAAUUAUCUGCAUCAGCGUGGGAUUGCCCAUCGGGAUCUUAAGCCGGAAAACCUAUUGCUGGACGAGCACGACAAUGUAAAAAUAUCCGACUUUGGCAUGGCCACCAUGUUCAGGUGCAAGGGCAAGGAGCGACUGCUGGACAAGCGCUGCGGCACCUUGCCGUACGUGGCCCCGGAGGUGCUCCAGAAGGCUUAUCACGCCCAGCCGGCGGAUAUUUGGUCAUGUGGCGUUAUUCUGGUCACCAUGCUGGCAGGAGAACUGCCCUGGGAUCAGCCGUCCGCCAAUUGCGUAGAGUUUAUUAACUGGAAGGAUAACGAUCACUGGCAAUUGCAGACUCCUUGGAGCAAACUCGACACUUUGGCCAUUUCACUGCUCCGUAAACUUUUGGCGACUAGUCCUGGUACGCGUUUGACACUGGAGAAAACGCUGGAUCACAAAUGGUGCAACAUGCAGUUUUCAGACAAUGAACGUUCCUAUGACCUGGUGGACUCGGCGGCUGCCCUGGAGAUCUGCUCACCGAAGGCUAAGAGACAGCGCCUGCAGUCGAGUGCCCAUUUGAGCAGUGGCCUGGAAGAUUCCAUAUCCCGCAACUAUUGCUCUCAGCCCAUGCCUACGAUGCGCAGCGAUGAUGAAUUUGCUGUAAGACUGCGCAGCGGGCCAUCCAAAGAAGAUGGUGGCGAUCGGCAGGCUUUGGCCCAGGAGGCACGACUCAGUUACUCAUUCUCGCAACCUGCUUUGCUGGAUGAUCUCCUGCUUGCCACGCAAAUGAACCAAACGCAGAGCACCUCCCAGAAUUACUUCCAGCGUCUGGUGCGGAGGAUGACUCGAUUCUUUGUAACCACGCGAUGGGACGACACCAUCAAGAGAUUGGUGGGCACCAUCGAAAGACUGGGUGGCUAUACGUGCAAAGUCGGGGAAGAUGGAGUAGUCACCGUUUCCACUGUCGAUCGGAAUAAGCUGCGACUGGUUUUCAAAGCGCACAUCAUCGAGAUGGAUGGCAAGAUCCUCGUCGAUUUCCGGCUGUCUAAGGGUUGCGGUUUGGAGUUCAAGCGGCGCUUUAUCAAGAUCAAGAAUGCUCUGGAGGACAUUGUUCUGAAGGGACCCACCACCUGGCCCAUUGCGAUUGCUACCAAUUCGGUGCCUUAGCUUAUAGUUUAUUUCGAACUUAAAUAACCUCUCGUUAAUUUGGUUACAAUUACUUUUGUCUAGCUUAUAGAGCAACUCAUUCAUCACGUUUGUUUAAUUUUAGCUAAACUUCUCAAUGUGCUAACUUAUUCUUAAUUCAUUGCAUUAUUUACGAUUACGUUGUGUAUUGUUAAGCGAGCUCUCUCACGAUUUUAAUUUUGUUGAAUUUUAAAGCGAAAUACGAGUAUUGAAAUCUAGUUAGUAUAAAGCGUUAUUGAACAAUAAAUCAAAUCCGAUUUUGAAUGAAAA